GUCUGGUAAAGAAAGAUACAAGGUAAAUUUCCCAGUGGAACAUAUUUACAGCAAAGUUAGAAAGUGUAUAUUGUGAUUCUUGAGAUUCUUUUGGAAAAGUGAUUGUCGAAAGUGUCUUUUCGGGUACAAUGAUGGAAGUUGGGAGCGGUGUGGAGGGGGGUCAGGCCCAGUACCCCACCGGAUACGCCCCGAUGUCGUCGCUGCAGGAUUUCUAUUCCAAUUCCCAGCACUGCUCUUACUCCAACCCAGCAGGUCGCUUUGGUCAGAGCAGCAUGUACCGCGCACACCCGCACUUCCCCACACCUCUGCACUCCUGGUUGGGCACAGACAAAAUGGCUGCCGCCGCUGCCCCCUCGGCUUACAACACGCCCGCGUCCUCUUGGCACACACCUUUCGCUAAGACUUAUCAGCCCACGCCCACGCCCGCCCACCAGACACACCAGUCCGCCCAGGGAUAUGCCGCCUACGGAUAUCCUCCGACCCCGCCCGAAGAAACCGCCUCGGCAGCCGCGUCGCAGCAAGCACCUCAGCAACAGCAGCAGCAGCAGCAGCCCCAGGAUCACCCCAUGAGCACCAGCCCCAUGCCACAGCAACAGCAGCAGCCUCAGCAACACGACAACCCCACAGCCGCCGCACGCAUGACCCCUGACCGGGUCACCGCCUCCCCGAGCGGCGUGGCAGGCAGCGAAAUCAAGUCGGAUUCCGUCUACAGCCCUGCCUUCAGCUCGUCCUUCGCCUCCAAGCCCGCACUGUCCCUUUCGCCCGCCCACACCACCGCCCACCCGGCCGGAUACAGCACGUACCCCACCCAUUCCUCCAUGGACUUCACUCACAGCGGCUACUCCGGCUUCUACCCGUCCUCGGGCAUGACCUCCAUGUUCAGCAAGCCCUUCUCCACCGUGCCCGCCACCGCGCUGUCGCCCUCGCACGAGAAGUCCAAGAACACCAAGCGCUCCAGCACAGAGGGACGUGAGUGCGUGAACUGCGGCGCCACGUCCACUCCGCUGUGGCGGCGCGACGGCAACGGCCACUACCUGUGCAACGCCUGCGGCCUCUACUACAAGAUGAACGGCCAGAACCGGCCGCUCAUCAAACCCAAGCAGCGCACGUCUGCCAAUCGUCGUGAAGGAACCUCUUGCGUCAAUUGCAAGACACAGACGACAACUUUGUGGCGACGGAACCAGAACGGAGAGCCAGUGUGCAACGCCUGCGGACUCUACUACAAACUGCACAACGUUGCUCGGCCGCUGUCCAUGAAGAAGGAGGGCAUCCAGACGCGCAACAGGAAGCUCAGCCAGAAGUCGAAGAAGAAGAAGGGCAUGCUAGGCUUCCCCGACAUGCUGAAGCCUCUGGACAAGGGCGGCUUCGGCGGCUUCGGCACCGGCGGCUCCGGCUUCGGCUCCAUGUCCCACUACAUGUACGGCGGCCAGAUGCACGGCUCCUCCAUGGCGGGCGGCUUCAUGUCGGCGCCGCCCAUGCACGGGAUGUCCGCCAUGUCGGGGGGCCUGGGAAGCCUCGGCCUCUCGUCCGCCGCCGCCGCCUCCGCCGCCUCCCUCGGCCUCAGCUCCGGCUUCUGCACCGUGGCCGCGUAAGGCGAGCCUUCGGCCUCGAUGGAGCAAGACGUCCGUCCCAGGAAUGACACUGGGCGAUGACGCCCUCGCGGGCAUGGGCGUGGCGCGACGCCCUCCUAGUGUACAAAGUAUCGCCUGCAGCAGCGGCAGCAGCAGUAGGAGCAGCAGCGGCAGUGCUGGCGAACGACCAGUGUGUGUACAGUGUACAUAGUUGUACUAUAGAUCACCAUAGAGACUAUUUAAUGCAUCACCAUUUUUGUCCUUAAUGUGAGGCGAUUGUCAUAUUGCAUAUUGUAAUACUGUUUAAUGUAAUUAUGUGAUACAAAUAAAGAGAACCUUUA